AUGCAAAGCUUCUCGUCAACUUGGAUGCCAAACAAAGGUCAGAGUACGAAAAUCAUCAAUACUGAUGAGAUUGCUCGAAAAUUAGAAGCGGCUUAUGAUAUCAAAUCAGGCUCGAUCUAUAUCAGUGCUAUUGUGAUCACUAAUGGUGAAACAAUUACCGAUGAUCAUCGUCGUCGCCGUCAAUUUUCAAGUGAAAAAGGUGAAAUGUAG